AUGGCGCCUCCAAACCCAACCGGCUUCGACAUGAAGACCUUCAAGGCUGCGGCCUCUCCUACAUCAGAAUGGGCGCUAAGGGAUCCAUGGAAGCGACAUGAGGCAUGGAGAUACACAGGCCCAUUCUCCCGAUGGAACAGAUUCAAGACCGGCUUCCCAGGCCUCGGAAUUGCGACGGUUGCCUUUGCCAUAUACUGCGGAUACGAGUAUGCGUUCCUGAAUGACAACCAUCACGGCCACAAGGAAGAGGGUCACCAUUGA